AUGACCACCCCGGCCACUACCUCUACUGCCUCUACUGCCUCGAGCCAGGCAAGCCACCCCAAGAGCGGCUCGAAGCGCAAGGCUCAGCAGAUGAGCGUGGCCACCGACGGCGAGCCGGCCACCAAGCGCCCCUACCUCGGCAAGUGCCAGUACAAGACCGGCAAGUGCUCCAAUGAGCGCACGCUCAAGCGCAAUGGCAAUGCUCACUCGUUGUGUGAGGAGCACCGCAUCAAGCAGAACUUGAUCCAGCGCCGCAGCGACCGCAAGUACCAGAAGGAGCACGCAAUCCGUCAAUUGGUCGGUUUUGCGCCCCAUAUUCAGGGCCCGCAACCUUUGUUGGGCUGCAUACUGAACGACCAGAGCACCAUGGGUUCGCCUCUGGUCAUGUCAUUCGGCAACGUGGAAGUCACUGCACAGGGGGCGAUUACGAACGUCAACGAUCGGUUGUCUCCCACUGGUGUCGACGACUUCACUCAGUACUCUUUCCAAAAUAUCCCCAUCGUCGGGGGCGACUGUAGCCCACUUCCGUUCCAGUACGACGAGAUCAAUGGGAGCAGCAGCGUCGGAUACGUGUCGACGACCUCGAACAAACAAGCGUGGAGUAAAGCCGAUCUCGAGUUCCUGCAGAACCUUUUGCUGGCCUGA